GAACACCAGCUUGGGUGGAUCCACGACAGCUACACCCGUCCCAGAUCUUCAGGAAAAAAUUCCUGGUACCUUAAAGACGUCUCUGUUCAGACAGUUUGCCUCAGAUAAUCCCUAUCCGCUAUCCAUCGACAGCCGUUCAAGGCAAAUUCAGGCAAAUCCAACCCUUGCGACAAAACGACCGGACACUGACGCCCGCUCGCAACCGCUUCGCUUUGUCUUCGCAUCCUUCGCAGUCACGCACGUUGACCGCGCAAAGACCGGUUUGGAAAGGGCCCAGAUCAUCGCGAUGGCGUUUUACGCCGCUAGAAUCCAAAUCUGAGACGUACACGUUGCUCACCAGUAUCAGUAAACAGAGCCAAGCGGCUGGUCGGCAACGAUGGCUACCAACGGGCUUGCUGCUCCUGGCAGCAGUACUUACGAUUCGAACACACUGCACGUGGGAGACGGGACAUGGGAUGCCAGUAAGGACACAUUCUUGCUGCCGAAUCUGAUGGGCCUGAACUUCGCAACUAUGCAGUACAACGGCAUGAGAAAUCGCUUCUCGACACUUGUUGAAUAUCACAAUCUCAUAGCUGCACAUGGAAUACUGGCUGCGAUGACGUUCCUGUUCAUGAUACCCUUUGCCAUUUUUGUUGCGCGAUUUUACCAUCGGAAUCCAAGUCUUGCGCUUCGACUGCACAUAUGGACGCAGAUACUGGUCUUCUUCUUCGUGACGGUCAUUUUUGUCCUGGGCUGGUUCGCAGUCGGCCCACAGAGAAGCUUGACCAAUCCACAUCAUGGAAUAGGCCUGGCCAUCUAUGUCAUGGUCAUUUUCCAGAUCCUGUUCGGUGGGUGGGUACACCAUAGGGAAAAGAGAAAGAUAAGGUACAAGAUACCGAUUAAGCUUAUGCUUCAUCAGUGGCUCGGACGAGCCAUUGCAUUGCUAGGCAUUGCUCAGAUCGCUCUUGGCCUAACUCUAUACGGUUCACCAAAAUCGCUGUUCAUAUUGUACGCUGUUUGGGGCUUCAUACUAUUAGCUGCGUGGUUUAUCUUGUCGUAUCAUUUCCAGCAAACCACAAUCAUAGACGACCGAGGAACUUACGUCUCCGGAUCUCGAACUGAUGCGACUCCCGAGACGGAACAUCGGCAUGGAAGGCUCGGAAAAAUAGCCGCGGGCGCUGGAGCGGCCGGCUUGCUUGCAGCUCUUGCGAGACGAAGACGGAGUAGAAGUCGUAGUCAUAGCCGCACCAGAACAGAUCACAGCUCAUCAGGUGAUUCGGGCUCAUAUGUCAGCGAAAAAUACUCUCAGCAAGGCCGCAAAGAUCAUACUUGGCGGGAUCGUCUUCUCGCAGCAGGUGCUGUCGGCGGCGCGAUUGCAUUAGCUCGAAAGCUUUUUAGAGGACGUCGGGACGAAGACGAAGGAUCUUCGGUGUCGGAUUAUCCGCAUCGUCCACUGGGGGGAGCCCACAGCGUCACAGAAACAGAUUUUAGCCGUGUUGAAGAAGGACAUGGACCGCACACACCUACAAGGCCCGGGCAUGGCAUGGCAGCACUUCCUGCCGCUGCGGCUGCAGGUGCAGCAGCAGCAGUGACUCCUUCAAGACAUUCAAGACGUUCCAGUCACGGACGCUCGGAUACGAGACCAUCCGGUGGCUCGAUCCAUUCCUAUGAUACUUGGGAAGAAAGUCAUCUGGAUAGCCCAGGCAAGGCAAAACGCGACACGCACACUUUGCGAGACGGUAUCGCCGCACUCGGGGUUGCUGGUUACCUCAGACACAAGUGGAAUCAGAGGAAAGACGCCAAAGAACAACGUAGGAUUGAGGAGAUGCGUCGAAGAGAUCGCGAGGAAGAACGCCUCGCGCGGCUCAGCAGCUCUCGACGACGAUAUACUGGUGACGGCGUCCCUCGACCUCCACCACAUCGGAGACACAGCUCAAUAACCGAGAGCGAGAUAUCUCCUCUGAGAGGAAGCAAUCCAGAACUCUCUUUGCAAAGCAUGGGCCAUUCUCACGGACCGACUACGCCGGAGGUCACGGCGGCGAACACGGCAGCAAACGCUGGAAGCGGGUUCCCUCCACCACCACCCAUGCCGGCAACCAUGAUUCGAAGUGAUUCAUCGGGCUCAGAAGCAUACACAUCGCCGAGUGGAGGACGACACCACCGUCAUCGCACGGCAGAAAGUGCAGCCGCAGCGGGUCUUGCGGGAGCAGCAGUUGGCGCAGCUGCGGGAGCUUACGAGAGGAAUUCGAGCCGAAGGCGUGACAGCUCAGCUGCGUCUAGCAUGCAUUCGCCGCAGGCAGCCGUGCAAGUGAAGAUGCAUAACGACGGAAGACGUGUGACGUUGCGUAGACUCGAUCCAAAUGAACGUGCGGCGGAACGUGCAAGGAGGCAGGGACGGCCGGCUAGAUCAGGGAGCAUAAGCUCGGUUGGCGGUGCUGGAGCGUCUGGAGACGAACAUUGGAGAAGGGUAGAGAGAAUGGAAGCGCAACAAGCGGCCCAGAUGAGAGCUGAGGCCAUUGCGGCAGGCGAGCAGCAACACAAUGUCCCGCCGCCACCGCAGCCGGUCUCCGGACCUCUAACAGGGCCUCCUUCGGUUGCUCCUUCGGUGCAGCACCCACCGCCGCCAUCUCAGCCCUUCACGAGCCCUGUGCCGAGCGAUAUACCACCGCCACCCCCAAUCCCAGCAUCGGGAAGCAAUAUGGGCGGCAGCCCGGGUAGCGUGUAUGGAAGCGGGCCAAGCAAUGUGGAUUCCAGAGCUGAGAGCAACAGACGUCGAAGGCGAGCGGAACGUGCGCGUCUUGAAGCCGCUGCUAGGGAACAGCGUGGUACCAGGGUUGACUUCACCUAAUUGUAUUUGUGAUGAAGGGCAUAUUUUCGUGCAAUAAGGAAUGAUAGUAAUGAUGGCGAGUAGGGGAAUGGUUUCACAUGCAUCAUGGGAAACGGCGUUCUAGUUUAGUUCUAACACUGUCAAGCGACAUUUCUUUGCGAAAGCGGGUGGAUCUCAACUUUGUUCUUACCACAUGCAAUCUCGACGUCGUUGUAGAAUCCAGCUGAUCCGAACGUGCGCGUGUCUUCUUGUAGCCCAUAGCAUAGACGAAAUCGAAUUCUUGAUAGCGAGCGAUUGGUUAGCGAUC